GUCCAGCGUGUGUCCAGUGUGUGUGUGUCCAGUGUGUGUCCAGUGUGUGUCCAGCGUGUGUGUGUCCAGCGUGUGUGUGUCCAGUGUGUGUCCAGUGUGUGUCCAGUGUGUGUGUGUCCAGUGUGUGUGUGUCCAGUGUGUGUCCAGUGUGUGUCCAGUGUGUGUGUCCAGUGUGUGUGUCCAGUGUGUGUGUGUGUGUCCAGUGUGUGUGUGUGUAUGUGUCCAGUGUGUGUGUGUCCAGUGUGUUUGUCCAGUGUGUGUCCAGUGUGUGUGUGUCCAGUGUGUGUGUGUGUGUCUUGUGUGUGUCCAGUGUGUGUGUCCAGUGUGUGUGUGUCCAGUGUGUGUGUCCAGUGUGUGUCCAGUGUGUGUCCAGUGUGUGUGUGUGUGUGUCCAGUGUGUGUGUGUCCAGUGUGUGUCCAGUGUGUGUCCAGUGUGUGUGUCCAGUGUGUGUGUCCAGUGUGUGUCCAGUGUGUGUCCAGUGUUUGUGUGUCCAGUGUAUGUGUCCAGUGUGUGUGUGUCCAGUGUGUGUGUGUCCAGUGUGUUUGUCCAGUGUGUGUGUGUCCAGUGUGUGUGUCCAGUGUGUGUCCAGUGUGUUUGUCCAGUGUGUGUCCAGUGUGUGUGUGUCCAGUGUGUGUGUGUUCAGCGUGUGUGUCCAGUGUGUGUGUGUGUGUGUCCAGUGUGUUUGUCCAGUGUGUGUGUCCAGUGUGUGUGUGUCCAGUGUGUGUGUGUCCAGUGUGUGUGUCCAGUGUGUGUGUGUCCAGUGUGUGUGUGUCCAGUGUGUGUGUGUCCAGUGUGUGUGUCCAGCGUGUGUGUCCAGUGUGUGUGUGUCCAGUGUGUGUGUCCAGUGUGUGUGUCCAGCAUGUGUGUGUCCAGUGUGUGUGUGUCCAGUGUGUGUGUCCAGUGUGUGUGUGUUCAGCGUGUGUGUCCAGUGUGUGUGUGUGUGUGUGUGUCCAGUGUGUUUGUCCAGUGUGUGUGUGUUCAGCGUGUGUGUCCAGCGUGUGUGUGUGUGUCCAGUGUGUGUGUCCAGUGUGUGUGUGCAGUGUGUGUGUCCAGUGUGUGUGUGUCCAGUGUGUGUGUGUUCAGCUUGUGUGUCCAGUGUGUGUGUGUGUGUCCAGUGUGUGUGUCCAGUGUGUGUGUCCAGUGUAUGUGUCCAGUGUGUGUGUGUCCAGUGUGUGUGUCCAGUGUGUGUGUCCAGUGUGUGUGUCCAGUGUGUGUGUCCAGUGUGUGUGUCCAGUGUGUUUGUCCAGUGUGUGUGUCCAGUGUGUGUGUCCAGUGUGUGUGUCCAGUGUGUGUGUCCAGUGUGUGUGUCCAGUGUGUGUGUGUCCAGUGUGUGUGUCCAGUGUGUGUGUCCAGUGUGUGUGUCCAGUGUGUUUGUCCAGUGUGUGUGUGUUCAGCGUGCGUUUCUGUGA